AUGGAUGAAAAGGAAGCCUUCGAGAUGUCCCUGAUGCUAGAGCCACGGGUGUCGACCACAAUUGCCACAGACUACUAUCCCGCCAAAAAACACGCGCGCACAGGUUCAACCGCAUCCACCAAUUCUCUCCUCAGUCCAAGCACUCCGUUGGGAAAAUCGUCACCUCCUCAUUCUCCCAAGAGCAACUGCAUAUCACAGAGUAUGAACGCCAUUGCAAACGGAAUUGAAUCCUUCACGUACGACAGCCUUACGUCUAAGAUCAGCAGCUCAAGCGCAGACUCACUGCAGGUCAUCACUCACAAGCACGCACACCCAGAGAGCGAUGGCGUCUCUCUGACCAGCGGCGACUCAGCGACAUCGCCCACCUCACCGCGUCUUCGAAAGCCGUUUAUAUUCUCAUCGAAAGUUAAAGUCAGUGACGAACAAAGUCACGAAACCGUUAAUGUCACAGACCGAACCGACGGGGUAGCGCAGCCGACACGAGAUAGAGCGGAGCAUGUUCUGUGACGGAUGUAGACCAAUCAUAUGCAAGAGAACUAUGUGAGUGUGUGAUUGUACAAAUGUGGACCAAUCAUAUGCAAGGGAAUUAUGUG